CGAAACUGAUAUGUAUAACAGUUACUAUACCAGAAAGGGUUAAUAAAUCCACACAAAAGUUUGUUAUUGAAGUGAAUGAAUUCAGUUGUGUCGGGGAAUUUCUACCUCCUGUAGGUAUUUCUGAGCAGUACCUAUCUAUCUGAAAAAAAUUGUUUUCUUCCUGUUUCUGUUAGCUAAACGUAGUUUUUCGAAAGUAGUCGUUUUUAUCCAAUUAAAAUGACAUCGAACCCGUUGAAAUUAAAAUGGAAACUUCUCAAAACGCUGAGCAAGUAUGCCGACUUUGUCUGAGCGUAGAAUGGUUGGCUGAUAUAUUCGAGCAAAGGGAAGUUCAACAGUGGAUCUACAACUACCUUUCAAUCACGGUUUCCGACACGGAUACCGUCAGUCACUUGAUCUGUGCCAGCUGCCGAACACGACUAGAGGAGUUCCACGUUUUCAGGCAACGCUGUUUAGAUGCCCAGAAGUUACUGCCAGGGAACUUGCCCACAGAGAAUCAGCCUAUCAAGCUGGAGUGUGACGUUUGUGGUAAAGUUUUUUCAGUUAAGCGACAAUUGAUACUUCACAAAAGGACACAUGGAUUAAGAAAGUACAAGUGUUCCAUCUGUAGCGGAAGUUUUCUGCAACCUUCACGUUUAGCCAGGCACAUGCUGAUUCACGAUAAAACUGGAAAUAUAAAGAAUGAUCAGCCAAAAGCAGCAAACGAUCAGCCUGAGGAUGUUCCCAAACAAGAUCCUCAGAAUAAUUCAGAUGUCAAAGCUAAUUCGGAAAACAUAGAUCAGCAGGACGACCAGAGCGAUUUAACGAUAGAGUGCGCAAUGUGUGAUAAAAAAUUCAGAGUAAAGAAACAGCUGUCCGAUCAUCGGAGACAAGUGCACGGACCCCGAGAUCACAAAUGCACGGUUUGUGGCAAAGCGUUUAGUUCAAGAUCACGUUUAGCUGAACAUGCGACUAUUCAUAAGAGUUUCGUAUCCAAUGAAACCGGAAACGUGGACAUCUCCGUGGAAUCUGAAGGAACGGCGACAGAUGUGAAAUACGACCCGAAGAAGCGGCAAUAUAUUUACGAAAAAGAGCCCUGUUCAUUGUGCAAACGAAUGAUCAAAGUGAUAUUCAUGGAAGGUCAUUUGAACAGACAUAAAGGUAUUCAGCCGUACAAAUGUGAAAUGGGUUGCACGGAGGAAAAAUUCCAUUGCAAGUUUCAGCGGAAAACUCACUAUAACGACGUGCACGGUUGGAACGCCUACGAGUGCCACAUUUGCCAUCAAUAUUUCUCUUCCAACAGGAGCUGCAUGAUACACAAAGCCAAGGCCCACGCCCAUGGGCACGAGUGCCAGGAGUGCUUUACCGUAUUUGCGACGAGCUCUGGACUCAAGAAACACAUCGCCAAGACGAGGCACACAAAAACCAGAAAAGAUACACAGCCAAUAGUGUUGGUAGAAUUGCCGGAGGUAGAGCAAAUGGAAAAAGAGGAAGACCUGUUCGAGGCAGAGGAUAUCAAAGUGGAGGUUCAGUCGGAUGAGGAAGGUUAACCUAAGAAUAUAAAAGUUAAUGUGACAUUAAAAACUUAGAAAAUUAGUGAGUACAUUUUGUCUCAUCUUCCUUCACUGCUUAAAAAGAAAUCUUAAAAUUAAAAAGAUUUUUUUUUCCUUAACCCGUUAACGCCCAAGGUGUCUCACAAUUAUAAUA